GACGGGUUCGAUUCAGAAAAAAUUGACACCAACCCACGCUGCUCCAGUCGAAAUCCUCGUUGCCUCAAAAAAGAAAAAGUCGAAAUCCUUGAGGCGGUCGUGGCGGCGCAUCGGUGAGGGCUCGGAUGGUAGCUCCGUAGCUGGAAGGUCGACGGCGGCGAGGGCCAAACGGAGGUGGAGAGGGGGACUGCAGGCGCGGACGUGAACUCAUCGACGCUGCCGACGGCAAGGUCUACCCUUGCUCACCAUACUCCGGCACCCCGCGUGGCAUAGGACUCGGACUGUUAAGAACUCAGAGCAUGCUGAUCCAUCCAAUCAGGUUUCACAAGCACUUCAAAAGGUAGAGGGAGAGUGGUCUGAGUGUGCACGUGGUGCUUCUGACACUGCAGGAAGUAGUGAUCCAGCAACAAAGCAAAGUCGGUUGGUACUGCAGCUACCCAUGUGGAAAUAGAAUCACAAGAGAGUGAUCCUGGUCCUUGUUAAAUUUGGUGUUGUGGUUAAAUACGGGAUUGCUGCUGACCCUUGGGACACCGAAAUGGCUGAUGCGCCUAGAAAUCCAGCGCUUCAUGAUCCCACAGAGUUAGAAAAUCUGAAAACUUUUGAAUGUGAAGGAAAUCAAUCUGAGGAUGCUUUAGACCUGCAAAACAGGUCAAAGGGUAUUAGAGGAGUAGAAGCCAAUUAUGCUUUGAAGCUUGCUAACAAUCCUCCAAAGAAAUCUAAAUUGGAUGAACACAAAGUAGCAAUGCUUGGUAAAAAGCGAGCCAGACAAACUGUGAUAAUUAAUGACGAGGAUGCAAAGCAAGCUGGUAUAAUGACAAUAUCAACCCCCAGGAGACAAUCUUGUGGGACUGGCGAAGUAGCUGCAGGAACACAGAACCAGCUGGCCAUCAGGGACCAGAGGCAAUCUGAAAUGAUGGGUUCAGAACGAAGUAAUUCUGCCACCCCAAGUAAUAGAAAUGCAGAUUGCAGUGUUGAUGUUGAAUUGACAUCUCCGAACUGGUCAAAGAAAUUGAAUGCUGAAGUACCCCCUUCAGAUGGGCACCAACAAUCUGUACCAAGGCAGGCCACUUUGAGGCAAACCAUGGAUUCCAAACAGUUCAAGGGCCAACCAGUCUCUUCUCAGAGAGAAGAUGUAACAGGGCAGAACACGGCAGAUCAGAAACGAGCCAACAAGAGGUCUCUUGUUUCCAAGAAAGAAGCUUCAGUAAAUAAUACACAGUAUCAUGACACAUCUGUUGAACGACUUCUACAAGAAGUGACAAGUGAUAAAUUCUGGCAUAAUCCAGAGGAGUCGGAACUUCAAUCUGUUCCUGGAAGCUUUGAAUCUGCUGAGGAGUACAUUAGAGUCUUUGAGCCUUUGCUUUUUGAGGAAUGCAGAGCUCAGCUACACAGUUCUUAUGAGGAAUCUCUUGAGGUUGUAUCAAGGGAUGCACAUGUAAUGGUGCGCGUUAGAACCGUGGAUAGGCGUGAAAGAGGGUGGUAUGAUGUUCUUGUUCUACCAGCACAUGAAUAUAAAUGGACUUUUAAAGAAGGAGAAGUUGCAGUUUUGUCAUUCCCUCGGCCUGAUUCAGCUCCACAGUCAAGUAAUUCUAAUAGGAAGACUGCUGGUUCAUAUAAAGAUGCCGAGUCAGAGUGUGGACGGCUUGUUGGUAGAGUCCGGCGCCAUAUGCCUACUGAUACACGUGAUCCCAUUGGAGCAAUUGUCCGCUUUUAUGCUGGAAACCCGUCUGAUUCUAGCUGUGGGACUAAUGUUCUAGGGAAACUUCAACCUCAAAGCACCUGGUAUCUAACUGGUCUCGGUUCUCUUGCAACAACACAGAGGGAGUAUAUUGCGUUGCACGCAUUCCGCUGUCUUAAUGUGCAGAUGCAAAAUGCAAUUCUUCAGCCGAGUCCAGAACACUUCCCAAAGUACCAAGAGCAGCCACCUGCGAUGCCUGAUUGCUUCACUCCAAAUUUUUCUUGUCAUCUCCAUCAUACAUUCAAUGGGCCUCAGCUAUCAGCAAUUCAUUGGGCUGCAAUGCAUACAGCUGCUGGCACAGGCAAUGGAGUAGUGAAGAAACAAGAACCAUGGCCUUUCACAUUGGUACAAGGUCCUCCAGGGACAGGGAAAACUCAUACUGUUUGGGGAAUGUUAAAUGUUAUUCAUCUUGUUCAGUAUCAACAUUACUAUGCUGCUCUGCUAAAAAAGCUUGCUCCUGAAAGUUACGAGCAAGUUGCUGGUAGUGGUAGCAGCGCCUCAGAAGCUGUUGCCGCAGGCUCAAUGGAUGAAGUUUUGCAGAGCAUGAAUCAGAACCUGUUCCGCACUCUUCCCAAGCUUUGCCCCAAACCGCGGAUGCUUGUUUGUGCCCCAUCAAAUGCUGCAACAGAUGAGCUGCUUGCUCGUGUUCUAGAUCGUGGUUUCAUAGAUGGUGAGAUGAGGGUCUACCGCCCUGAUGUUGCCCGUGUUGGAGUUGAUUCACAGUCCCGUGCUGCACAAGCUGUUUCAGUUGAGCGACGGACGGACCAGCUUUUAAUGAAGGGACGUGAGGAAGUAAUUGGGUGGCUGCAUCAACUAAAAGUCCGUGAACAACAGCUAUCACAAGAGAUAGCACUUCUGCAGAGGGAACUUAAUAUGGUUGCAGAGGCUGCUAUAUCUCAGGGUUCGUUUGGAGUAGAUCCAGAUAUGCUUGCUCAAAGGGAUCGUAACCGUGAUAUACUGCUUCAGAAACUUGCUGCUUCUGUGGAAAGCAGGGAUAAAGUACUGGUUGAGAUGUCACGCCUGUUGAUAUUAGAAAGCAGGUUCCGUAUUGGCAGAAACUUCAAUCUGGAAGAUGCUAGAGCUAGUCUGGAAGCUAGUUUUGCCAGUGAAGCAGAAAUUGUUUUUACUACAGUAUCAAGCAGUGGUCGCAAGUUAUUUUCUGCCCUUAGUCAUGGCUUUGAUAUGGUUGUUAUUGAUGAGGCUGCUCAGGCCAGUGAAGUAGGAGUCCUCCCUCCACUUACACUUGGUGCAGCUAGAUGUGUCUUGGUUGGUGAUCCACAACAGCUCCCUGCCACUGUUAUUAGCAAAGCUGCUGGAACUUUACUCUACAGCAGGAGCCUUUUCGAGAGGUUUCAGCAAGCUGGUUGCCCUACCAUUUUGCUGUCAGUGCAAUAUCGGAUGCAUCCCCAGAUCCGUGAAUUUCCAUCAAGAUACUUCUACCAAGGCCACCUUACAGAUAGUGAAAGUGUCGCCAACUUGCCCGAUGAGGCAUUCUAUAGAGAUGCAUUAAUGGCACCUUACAUUUUCUAUGACAUCUCGCAUGGACGUGAGUCCCAUAGAGAUGGGUCAUCUUCAUACCAGAAUGUCCAUGAAGCACAGUUUGCGUUGUGUUUGUAUGAGCAUCUUCAGAAGUUCCUGAGAGCUAAUGGUGGCAAGAGAGCAUGUGUUGGUAUAAUCACUCCUUAUAAGUUGCAGUUGAAGUGUCUUCAGCGAGAAUUUGCGGAAGUUAUGAAUACCGAGGAAGGGAAAGAUAUCUACAUAAACACAGUUGAUGCUUUUCAAGGCCAGGAGCGUGAUGUGAUUAUUAUGUCAUGUGUCCGUGCCUCAAACCACGGUGUCGGUUUUGUUGCAGAUAUACGCCGUAUGAAUGUUGCUCUUACUCGAGCUAGGAGAGCUCUAUGGGUUAUUGGUAAUGCCAAUGCCCUCAUGCAGUCAGAGGAUUGGGCGGCACUGGUAGCAGAUGCAAAGGCGAGGAAGUGUUUCAUGGACUUGAGCAGCAUCCCGAGUGACUUCCUAGCUAUGAACAACUUUUCAAACGCCCGGGGCCUGAAUUCUUCAAGCAACACAAGGUACAUGAGGACUAGUGGACCGAGACCGAGGCAUUUCGACAUGCUUCCGGCACCCAGGAUGGGCAUGACAGCCGGUGAGGUUGGCCAUCCCAACCCUGUUGCGAGAAAUGGUAGUUACCGGAAUCUGUCCAAUGACGUGGGGCAUCCUGGUGAUAGAUCUAGAGAUAAUUUGCAGUUUGGGAGGAUCAGGGGUCCGAAUCCGUCCAAUGAUCCGAGGAGACAAGCCUAAAGAGAACAAAUUGAUGUCUGCAGGUUUUUGCUUGUAGUGGUGCAGCAUGGAAGAAUGGUGAUGAAGCAGGAUGUUGCCUGUUGCUACUAAUAGGAUGCUGUCGUAUUGGGACAUGGGCUAUGGCUCUUGAUUUUGUCUGGCUGCUGAACAAAUGGCUGCCUCAAGCCCUCGGCGUUGUGGAACCAUGGAGGACCAAGUUAUUUGAACAAGGCUGUCAUCUGGACAGAUGUUGCCUGGCAUUGCUUUAGUCUACUUUCUAUAGAUUUGGGUAUUGUACGCUAGCGGGCAUUUUCAUUUUGAAACCUGAUCUAUAGCAGGCAAAUCUGGGCUAGGUCAUUUCGAAACGGUCAUAUGGUGGGUUAGGGCUAAAGGUUUGCGACUAGAUAUGCCAUAUUGCCAUGUAUGACUGGUUUGCUGUUGUAGACCGCCUGCAUAAUUCCGUCUGUGUGUACAGAAAGAAAUGCCUGCAUAAUUC